GCUUGCGUCGUGUUCGGCUCGGGGCGCAGCCAGUGGAGCGACAGCUUCACACCGGCCCACAAGCGCGGCUCGCAGCUCCACCGAACGUUACGGCGGCGCGAUGCCUCCUUGCUCCUCGGACGAAGACGCCGAAGCCUCCGCCUAUCGCACCAGCCAGCGUCGUUGGCGCUCCUUCAAAGCCUGAAGAAAUUUCUCGUGCCGAGCUCCCCGCAACUUAUUCUCUUACGAACGUUGAAGACAAAGCUUCGAACGCCUGGAAUUGAAUCUUUGAAUGGUACACCUCCCGGACUCUGCACUGCUCUUACACUUUGGUAGUGUAUAGGAAUAAGCUCGACCGGAUAAUUAACGGAAAAAUUCAUUUCGCGUCGUCGGACCUGUCGAGACAGUCACGAUUUCCUAAGCGCUUUGCGAUUGCAAACUUUAACUGAAAAGUCGUCCAUCGCAGCUUCUCGAAGCCAAAUAAGAACGACAACUGGGGUAGAAACACACAGAGUGGCUCCUGCUGGAACAACUUCCUUGAAGACAGAGGUGACACCGUGUCUAUCGUUUUGGGACAACAGUAUUUUUGAAGCCCGCCCCUCUGUCUUCCCGCUUUUCCUCGUUAUCGUGCGUGAGCGUUGGCUCUUGUCACCAACACCGGAUGAAAGACGAACAGUCGAGACCGGUGCCGUGAAUCGUGCGGUCGCUUGGGACGCAAGACUUUUGGGCUGCUUUUGCGUCGUUUGAGCCGAUGAACAGGGCGUGAGCCGUCCUCUCUAAGCGCGUUGGUCGUAUCACUUCGGUGCCGAGUUUGAUAAAGUGCCUGCUGGCGCAUGAGGCGGUGAUAUCACUUCCUGACGAAAAACGCAGCCGUGUUUUGCUGCGUGCGUGCUUGUGAAAGGCCUCCCUCUUUGCACAACGGAUUAUGUCCGUCACGAAAUCGUUCUGGUGGCUGCUGUGCUGGACGUUAAGCUGCCUGUCACUACAAGGCGUUCGUUGCGUGGCCAUCUGGAAGUUAUCAGUGCCUCGCUGGGUCCAGAACGGCACUGAGGAUCCCGUAUUGCUUGACUGCGAGUACGUGUACAAUGAGCACGAUGUGCGCCUGGUGGUCAAGUGGUUCUUCAACAACCUCUCGGAACCGGUGUACCAGUGGAUACCGGAGCUGAACUCGCGUCAAACGAGCGGGAUCCUCACCGGCCGGCUCGACGACUCGUACACGGUCGGUGGCCCCCGAGACUCGCAGUACCGGGCGCUGCGAAUCAUCCGGCCCACGACCGAGAUGAGUGGUCUCUACACGUGCGUCGUCUCGUCCCUGGCUGGCACUGAUUCGCGGAAGCAGUCUAUGAUGGUCUAUGUGCCAGCGAAAAACUUCACUCUCACAUAUGUGACCACACCAGCGCCGGCAGCACCUCCUGCAGCCGCGUCAUCCCUUGGCACCGCCGCACGUGCACGUGUGGGUGUUCUCGCUGAUACCGCUUCCACUGGGCCGGGUACGAGUCCGGGCAGCUUCAGUGGCAGUGGUACGAUGGUGGAGGUGCACUGCGGCGCCUUGGGGCUGCACCCGCGUCCCACUCUGCGGCUCUUCAGCAUCACACCGGACAUGCGCCGCACCGAGGUACAGCGCGGAAGACCCCGAACACGCAAGACAAAUGGCACGUACGACAUCGAGCUGUCGCGCUCGUUCAGCGCCGAGCAGUUGCCGCAGUCGGUGACAUUCGAAUGCGUGCUCGAGAUACCGGGCACCGACUACGAGGUGCGUCGUAGGACAGUCUACAGUCCUGGUUAUCUUUAUUUAACAGGUGGUUCAACGGAGAUCACCGCAAGAAAGAGCUUACUGGUCGUGGUUUUGGCCCUCACGCUUUUGAAGAACACUUGCACAUCUACGAGUUGAAGACUAGUCCCAGGUUUAUUGAAGAAACUGUGCCAGAAGCUUGAAGGACGCCUAGUCAGACGUUCAAAGUUUUUGUAAUUAAGAUGUACAAACGCACAUAUAUUUGUAAUUAUCUGGUAUGGUUUAUCGAAGGACAGUUACAUAAGGCAGAAAACUGGCCAACAGUUACGGCUUUGUUUCGCCCACAUUCCUUUAAGAGGAAGUCCCGCAAUACUUGUGGCUUUCCUUUGUUGUUAUCGUCCAUUUGCUGUGAUGAACUAUGUUUUUUGUUGAUGCCCCACUACACGUUUAAUAGUUCCGCCUUGUGUAGUAAACCAUUCGUUUGAAUGCCAAAGAUAAUAUACUUCCUUUUUAUGGCUGCUUAGAUAUAUGGACUACUCUAUGCUAACCUGAAGCAAAGACCAAAAGCGUGUACCAAACAUGAAUGCAACGGCUGUUUCUGUGAGCGCGUAUCUGUUGGAGGACAUCGAUGGACUAUUUCGACGAAUGGACAUGUCGCUGGACAAAGCAUGCAGUGCCGAAUUUGAAGGCCCGGGUGUCUUGCAGAAAUAUCGCGAUCCGCGACAAAUGAAUAAAAAAUAUUUUUAUGAAACCAA